CCUCCCGGCGCGACCGGCGCUCUGCUCUGAAGUUGCAGCGCAAGUUCGCCGGUGGCGGGCGGCGGCGCGGGCGCCCGGAGUCUCCCUCGCCCUCGGCCGGCCGGGGCGCCCUGGGGUGCAUGGGCGCUGGCCGCUGCGGGGCCCGCCAUGGAGGGCCUGGCGGAGGCCGAGGCGCGGGCGAGCGACGGCGGGCGGCUGGUGGAGGUGCAGCUGAGCGGCGGAGCGCCCUGGGGCUUCACCCUGAAGGGCGGCCGCGAGCACGGCGAGCCGCUGGUCAUCACCAAGAUUGAGGAAGGGAGUAAAGCCGCGGCUGUGGACAAGUUACUGGCCGGAGAUGAGAUCGUGGGCAUCAAUGACAUCGGCCUCUCAGGGUUUAGACAAGAAGCAAUUUGCCUGGUGAAAGGGUCCCAUAAGACCUUGAAGCUGGUGGUCAAAAGGAGGAGCGAUGUGAGCUGGAGACCUCACUCGUGGCACGCCACCAAGUUCUCCGAUGGCCACCCCGAGCCCGUGGCCUCUCAGUUCCCUGCCGCCAGCGGCUCUUCUUCCUGGCACAGCCGACACCAUGCUAGCUCCUCCUCCCAAGAUCUGUCCAGUGUGUGGGAGCAGACGAACCUGCAGCGCACCUCGGAGCAUUUCAGCUCCCUGGGCAGUGUGGACAGCCUGGACCAUCCCUCGCAACCCUACCCCUCUGGACCCCUCUCGGAAGCCAAAUCCAACAGCAGCAUCGACCGCCUCGGUGGCCCCCACCAGCGUGACUCAGCCUAUGGCUCAUUUUCCACCAGCUCAGGCACCCCGGACCACACUCUGCCCAGGACCGAGGCCUCCUCAGCAGAGAACAUCCUCUACAAGGUUGGACUCUGGGAGGCGACCCCGCAGGCUUUGGAUGAGAGGCCUGCAGCCAUCCAACCUAGGGCCCCCAGGAACAGCAAUAAAAGCCCCAGGCCAGAGGACAGCGCUGAACCCAGGCUGACCCCUUUGGGCAGGUCCAGUUUUGGGCCCAUUUGGCAUGUUCCCGACAAGAAGAAAGCCCCUCCAUCACCUCCUCCUCCGGCACCUCCACUGCGCAGUGACAGUUUUGCCGCCACCAAGAGCCAGGAGAAGACACAAGGCCCUCUGUUCUCAGAGAUGGCCACACCACAGCUCUUGGCAGCCCCAACCCGGGUACAACCUCGUGGUGAUUGGAGGGCGGACCCCGCUGAUCGGCAGCAGAGGCCCAGGCACCCAAGCAGUGGGAAGGAACCAGGAGGCCACCCUGAUGGUGGCUGGCUGGGCUGCGGGGACAGGGUGGUUGGUCCUCUGGGCAGGCCCCAGCCCUCCCUGUCUGGUACUGAGGGACCCCUUGUGCAGCCUCUCCACAGUGGCCAGCACCCCCGCCAGGGCAGCGAAGAGGGCUCUCCAGGAAAGCCCAUGUCCCUGAGGGAGUGGCCACAUGGGGCACCCUCUGGAGGCUGGCAGGGACUGCCUGUGCCACAUAUGGGGCCCCCACGGGCCCGGUGGCCCAAGGCUGCUGACCAGAGCUAUUAUUCCUGCAUGGCCACCAGGCAGCCCCCACUGCGUGGGGAGUGUUGGCACUGGGAUGCAGCUUCUGGGGCCCCUGAGUGCCCUUCCUCGCUCCUGGCAAUGGGCACGAACCCAUGGUGCCCCCUGACCUGCCAAGAGGGGCCAGGUCCCCUGCCAGAGGCAGCCGCCACCAAGGGUGGCUUCUCAGGUUUCCACGAGCUGCCCAAGGCCAGCCACACCACACAGGGGCCACUGGCUGCUGGCUUCAAGGGGAUGGAUGGGGAGGGCAGCAGGAUCUCUCGCCAGCGGACCCCCAUGUUGCACUCCCUGACCCAGGAGGGCCAAAUGGGUGCUGCAGAGAAGCCACCACCACCCUUUGACUCACAGGUGGGGCGACCCACACGUAGGAGUGACCGAUUCGCUACCACACUGAGGAACGAGAUCCUGAUGCGCAGGGCCAGGCUGCAGAAAAGCAAGAGCACAGUGGCCCUGGCCACAGGCAGUGAGGCAGACACAGAGUCCAGCAGCUGGCAGGCCCCGCCUGGAGCCACCUCAGAAGGCUCCUUCUGCAGCACCUACAAAGACCAUUUGAAGGAGGCGCAGGCGCGGGUCCUGAGGGCCACCUCCUUCAAGCGGCGGGACUUGGACCCCAACCCAGUGGACCAGUAUCCUGGGCCCCUGGAACACAGGACUGGGGAGCACAGUAUCGCCCCAUCAAUGCCUGGGGAGCCUGACUCCGCAUCUCGCUUCUGGGAGUCAGGCCCGGCUAAGCCGGCCUCAUCUGCAGGUGGGCCACCCCAUGUGCCCCGCGUCGGAGGCCGGAAAAGGUUCACGGCAGAGCAAAAACUGAAGUCAUACUCUGAACCGGAGAAAAUGCAUGAGGUGGGGCUCUCAGUGGGCUGUGGUUCACCCCAGCACCCCAGGACCCCCGAGGACUCUGUGGGCACGUUUGCUGACAGGUGGAAGUUUUUUGAAGAAACUAGCAAACCUGUUCUCCGAGGGCCAGGCCAAAGACAGGCUGUCUGUGGACCCCCAGGGGAGAAGGUGGAGAGGCUGCGGACAGUGGCCAGUGGAGGUGAGGGCACAGAGCCUUGCAUGGAGAAGAGGUCGUGUGCCACCUUCUUAGGAGAGAUCCUCAGUGGGAACAGGAAAGCAAAAAACCCGGGGAAGUUGGACCCACCCCAGAGACUUGGAACCUUUGCAGAGUACCAAGCCUCAUGGAAGGAGCAGAGGCAACCUUUGGAAGCCAGGAGCUCAGGACGGUGUCACUCGGCGGAUGACAUCCUUGAUGCAGGGCUGGACCAACACCAGAAGCCGAAGUACGUUCAUGAACGGUCCAGGUCGUCGCCAUCCACGGAUCACUAUGUUCAGGAGGCGCCCGUCGAAACUCGAAGGCCAUCAGGGGACCCCAGUGGGCACAGAGAAGCACCUCCCUCUACAGCCCGUGGGCAGGAGACAUGUUCCACCUUGAGACAAGCAGAUGCCCAAGGGCCUGAGGCCAGUCCAGCAGCACAGCAGGACCCGCCAAAGCAGAGCACCCGGCCCCCAUCCACGGUGUCUGGCACAGCCACGACUCAGGAAGCCCCCGAGCUGCCACAGGCAGGACGGAGUCGAGCAGGAACCCUGCCCCGAGAUUAUAGGUACUCAGAGGAGAACACACCUGCAGACUUGGGACCACAAGCACAGCGUGCCCCCUCGCCCCUGCCAGUUCAGGGACAAGACUCAUGUCCAGUGAGCCUCGCCGCACCCCCAAAGAAACCAGCCCCACAGAGGCCUCCACCGCCCAAACGUGAGCCCCGGAGGCACAGAGCUCUGGAAGUGGCACCUGAAGACACUCACCCGGCUGUCCUGCCACCUGGCUCUCUGAAUGCUGCCGUGACCUGCCUGUCCCUGCUCCAUAGCCCCGCUGUGUUCAGCAGUACCCAACCCCCAGAGAUCCCGAAGGCCACCACCUGCGAGCGUGACGGCCAGCAUGUGAAAGAGGACACGCUGUGUCCUCGGCCAGAAGCCCCGCCCUCUUCCAAGUUCCAGCGCCUGCAGGCAUCCACCAUGGAAACCUCUCGCUCCCCCUCGCCUCAGUUUGCCCCCCAGAAGCUGACAGACAAGCCUCCGCUGCUCAUCCACGAUGAACAUUCAACAAGAAUUGAGCGGGUGAUGGACAACAACACCACGGUGAAGAUGGUGCCCAUCAAGAUCGUGCACUCAGAGAGCCAGCCCGAGAAGGAGAGCCGCCAGAGCCUGGCACACCUGGCCGAGCUGCCUGCACUGCCCAGCGGGCUGGAGCGCGACCAGAUCAAGACGCUGAGCACAUCUGAGCAGAGCUACUCCCGCUUCUGUGUGUACACGAGGCACGGUGCUGAGGCCGAGGCCCUGCCAAGAGCCCAGCCACCUGCGCCCCAGCCUCCGGGGCCCCCCACAACCCCUGCACAGGACAUCUGUGCCUCCCCCCCAGGGCUUAGCUACUCCAAGACCAAAGAGAAGAGUGCAGAGGACUUGAAGUCCGAGGAGCUAGCCAGGGAGAUCGUGGGCAAAGAUAAGUCCUUGGCCGACAUCCUGGAUCCCAGUGUCAAAAUCAAGACCACCAUGGACCUCAUGGAAGGAAUCUUCCCCAAAGACGAGCAUCUCCUGGAGGAGGCUCAGCAGCGGAGGAAGCUGCUCCCCAAAAUCUCCUCUCCCAGGACUGCAGAGGAGAAGAAAGACGAACCAAGUGUGCCAGUGGCUGUGUCCCUGGCCACCAAUUCCACCUACUACAGCACAUCGGCCCCCAAGGCGGAGCUGCUGAUCAAGAUGAAGGACUUGAGGCAGCAGCAGGAGCCUGAGGAGGAUUCAGGGAACGACUUGGACCAUGACCUGUCACUGAAGAAGCAGGAGCUCAUCGACAGCAUUAGCCGCAAGCUGCAGGUGCUCCGGGAAGCCCGAGAAAGCCUGCUCGAGGACAUCCAGGCCAACAACGCGUUGGGGGACGAGGUGGAGGCUGUCGCGAAAGACGUCUGCAAACCCAAUGAGUUCGACAAGUUCCGGAUGUUCAUCGGGGACUUGGACAAAGUGGUGAACCUGCUACUGUCACUGUCAGGCCGCCUGGCCCGGGUGGAAAACGCCCUCAAUAACUUAGAGGACAGCCCUUCUCCUGGCGAUCGGCAGUCCUUGCUGGAGAAGCAGAGAGUCCUCAUCCAGCAGCACGAGGAUGCCAAGGAGCUCAAAGAGAACCUGGACCGCCGCGAACGCAUUGUGUUCGACAUCCUGGCCGCCUACCUCAGCGAGGAGAGCCUGGCAGACUAUGAGCACUUCGUGAAGAUGAAGUCGGCACUCAUCAUUGAGCAGCGGGAACUGGAGGACAAAAUCCACCUGGGCGAAGAGCAGCUAAAAUGCCUGCUUGAUAGCCUGCAGCCCGAAAGAGGCAAGUAAGGGGCUGGUCAGCCUGGCAGAGGACAACUGUGGCCUUCGAGCUCUGUCCCCAUGCCUGUGAGCUCUAGGCUGCGCUGGUCUCCUGGAGAGAGUCGCGUCCCAGGGCACAAUGACAUCAUGCUGGCUUGGGAUCACUUCCUCAACCUUUUAGUUUCCCGUUGGAACAGAGCAGUUUCCCUCACACAUGACUACAUGAGAUGCCAGGCUGGUGACGUCCCUAGGAUCCAUUAGGCUGAGGCCGUGGGAUAUACAGACUGUCACCGUCAAUGGAGGAGCUGCUGUUCCUCUGCCUUCUGAUGCCAUACCAGCCACAUGGGAAGACACCAAGGACAUUCUCGGGACACAGGAGAGGGGAUGCCUGGAACAUACAUGUUCCCUCGGGUUGUAACCGGAGAUGGGCUGCUGGGUUUUGUCCUUACCAGGCCCAGUGUGCUUGUCCAUUGUCUCUGCCCUAUAAUCAUGUUCCCUGACCCAGCAAAAUCCUGAUAUGAUAAUUUAUUAACAUGUAGGAAAGGUGAAUGGUUUCCUAACAGUUGAAAACCAUCUGGGAAAUGGACAACCUAUAGACUGGGUACACUCACUCUUAAGAUUAAAAGUGCCACUUCAAGAAAUGAUAUGCAUGCUUCAGAACUCAAACACGUGACAGACACACCACUGUGGUCCUUCUCACCUGGAAUCAGGAGGUAAAUGGUGAUAUCCAUGCAAGUAGGAGUACUUCGCUAUGUGUGUCCAGUACUAAUGUGCUUGUUCGCUAUUUAUUUCCUGAGACCAGUGGAAUCGUUUUUAGUUGCUUUCCCCCAGGACAUUAAUGUGGUGCACAUACGGUCAUUCAUGAUCACUGGUUUUUGUGGCUUUUUGUUUUGUUUUGUUUUGUUUUUCUGUUUUGCCACCAAGUUGGUCCCCAAUCCCUGAGGGCCACAUUCCAUGUACUGUGAGAACUUUCCUUUGCCUUUUCAGGGGCCCUGUGCACGAUCUUAACUCUUAAACUUGACCUUUUUCUGCUGCAGAGUUUAAAGAUUCUGUACCUCUUUUGGGGGUGGAAAUGGCAGGAGUGUAAGGAGAGACUUUAAAAGUAACACCAUUGUGCUGCUGUGCCACCCGUUGGCAGUCAGAGACUGAGAGCAAGGGUUUGCAGAUAGUGUGUCUGAAGAAGGAUUGGUGGCCAAAACAUACGAAGACCUCCACCGGCAGGAAAAUGAAGAGCCCUGUUAGAACAGACUUGAGCAGACAGUUCACCAAAGAGGAUAUGCGCAUGGCAAAUGAGCACAGACCACAGCGUCCAGCUGCCGAUGACUUGCUGAUUUUUACCUGAUAAUUGUAGGUCACGUGUAGUGAUGAAAGCAUUCAUCUAACUAGAAGCCAUAGUUAAUGGUGAGCCAGCCCUUUAGAUAACUGGAUAUUUAGGUCAUAUUUUUUCCUCACUUCUCCUUAAUCCCAUAAUGUGUAGAAGCAAACAGGUUUCCCCUUGGUUAGCAAUAACCACAGCAUUCCUGAAAAACACAUCUUUACUUGCGCGCGCGCACACACACACACACACACA